GAGAAUGUAACAAAACAUUUCACUGAUAAUUGCGAUGCACCUUAGUGUUGUAUAUAAUUUAAGUUUUAUCUCUGGUUACACAUAUUGAAAUAGUCACUAGUUCUUGCUGCAUCCACCAUUGAAGUGUAGUGAUUCAAAAUACUCAUACAAAGAAUAUCUUUUAUACAUUCUGUUUUGUUUAACAAAUUGAACACAAUAUGCUUCCAUCGAAUGUUUGCUGCUUCAUAUGCAUUGUUUUGGCAAUAAUGAUGAAACAAAUUAUGUUUGUUCAUUCUGCUUCAUUACGAAGUUAUGAGCAAUACGAUAAUAAUCUAGAGGAUCAGCCAGACGAUGUUUUGAUUGACCUGAUAACAAGAUAUGGACAAACUAUUAUGCGUGCUCGAGAUGAUCUAGAAAACUCCAAGCGUACUGUAGACUUCGGAUUGUCCAGAGGUUAUUCAGGAGCACAAGAGGCUAAACACAGAAUGGCGAUGGCCGUUGCUAACUUUGCAGGCGGCCCGGGGCGAAAACGUAGAGUGGAUAGCAGAAAUACAGAAGACUAAAACUCUGGUGAUUAAUAUAAGUAUUGAUUUCACAUAGCUUGAAUCCACGAUCUCAAGAUUACCUGUAAAACAUAACAAAACAAAUUUUUUGAUGUCUUCCUAUGAAAAGUGCAACACCCAACAUAUAGGCCUGGUUGCUCAAUUAAUCUAGAAGCAGUUUAAAACAUAGCUCGAUGAAGAUGUUACAAAAUGGUAAUGCAACAUGAAUUUAUUGACUUUUUGUUUACUUUAAUAAAGUUCAUAAACUUUAUUAAAGUAAACAAAAAAGGAGAUACCUGAUCAACAGAUAAUCACAAUAAAAGUUAUGUAGGACAUUCAAGUAUAAUUGUAAAUCGUGGUCAAAAUAUGUGGGAUCGAUAUAAACUAAGUGCAAAUAUACAAACCCCAAAAACGCAAUAACUUGUUGCAAUGAACGGAAUCUUUGAACAUUUUGUCAUUUUGUACAAUAUUAGCAAUUCAAAAUAAUAGCAAUAAUAUAUGUUGACUACAAUCGCAGCAAUAGGUUUAAUUAUUUUUAUAUAUGUAUAAUAUUGAACUCUGAGAAAUAAAAUGUCUGAUACUUGUAUAACCCAUGUAUAU